UCUCAGCCCAAAGCUUCGUUUAGGCACAGCCCAUUCUCGAGGAGAGGGGGGACAGAGAGGUAGUCUCGGCGUGUCCAUGUUUGCUACUGUCAUCUCCGCCCCUAUCUGAUUCAACGCGAGCCCGCCAGUCUUCAGCCAGCGUCAGGAAGGAGGAAGGAUUUUUUUGUUGGGUGGGCUGCCGCAGAUUCGCGACCGGAGAAACCCGCGGGAGAGACUCGGCUAUAACCACGGCCCCUCGACUUGAACCAUGUCGUUUAAAGACAAAUAACCGGGUGACCCGCUUUCGGCGCAUGUUGCUGCUGGGACCCGUGAGCUCGGCACAGGCGUGGGUUGCGCUCUGCACCUGACAGACCCUCCGCACACCUUACACUCCGCGACCAGAGUUGUGGGGAGAAAAAAACAACAUCAACAACAAGGGAGGAAAAACUUGGUAGUUUUUCGAGAGGUCCUCUCUGACCGAGUGCACCCUAAGGACACGUUACGCGCGGACUUGUUUUGAAGCUUUACGGUGAAGCAUUUUUUUUACGUCUUUAAAGCUGAAUUACCAAGGCGAAACGGCGACCUCAGUCGAUUACCUGUCGUUCCUGUGCUAUCCCAUGGAUAUUCACUGCAAAUCGGACCCCUUCUCGGCGAUGCACCUAUCCCAUGUAGGGCAUGGCGGGGUGAACCAGCUCGGCGGGGUGUUUGUGAACGGCAGACCCCUGCCUGACGUCGUCAGGCAGCGGAUAGUCGAGCUGGCCCACCAAGGGGUCAGGCCGUGUGACAUCUCCCGACAACUGCGGGUCAGUCACGGCUGCGUCAGCAAAAUCCUCGGCAGGUACUACGAAACGGGCAGUAUUAAACCCGGGGUCAUUGGGGGCUCCAAACCAAAGGUCGCGACUCCCAAAGUAGUGGAUAAAAUAGCAGACUAUAAACGACAGAACCCCACCAUGUUCGCUUGGGAGAUCCGGGACCGGCUCCUGGCGGAGGGGGUCUGCGAUAACGACACCGUCCCGAGCGUCUCCUCCAUCAACAGGAUUAUCCGCACCAAGGUCCAGCAGCCCUUCCACCCGUCCCCGGACGGCUCCAUCACCCCGCUGUCCCCGCCCGGACACACCAUAGUGCCCAACACAGCCUCCCCGCCUGUUACGAGCGCGUCCAACGAUCCCGUCGGUUCCUACUCCAUCAACGGCAUCCUGGGUAUCCCUCGCUCCAACGGGGAGAAGAGGAAACGAGACGAAGUGCUCUGGAGUGGAAACCACUUGGAUGGAAGGAAAAUAGGACAUUAUGGUUCUGACGGCUCAGGCCCGGGCAGUGACUCCCAGGGCAGCGUGGAGAGCCUCAGGAAGCACCUGCGAGCGGACGCCUUCACCCAGCAGCAGCUGGAGGCCCUGGACCGCGUGUUCGAGCGGCCAUCUUACCCCGACGUCUUCCCCACCUCAGAACACAUCAAACCCGAGCAGGCCAACGAGUACUCCCUCCCAUCCCAUCCGGGACACGACGAGGCGAAGCCCAGCUUGUCCUCCAGCGCCAGCUCCGACCUGGCCUCCAGUGUGUCCCAGACCUACUCCGUAGUCACCGGUCGAGACAUGGCCAGCACGACCUUGCCGGGGUACCCCCCCCACGUCCCCCCGACGGGCCAGGGCAGCUACCCCACCUCCACGCUCGCCGGCAUGGUGCCCGGAGGGGACUUCUCUGGAAACCCCUACUCCCACCCCCAGUACACAACCUACAAUGAAGCCUGGAGGUUCAGCAACCCAGCGUUACUCAGUUCCCCUUAUUAUUAUAGUGCCGCGUCCCGUGGCUCAGCACCACCCACUGCUGCCACGGCCUAUGACCGCCACUAGUUACCACGGCGACCGCUACAAGCUGCAGGGCCACGGCUACGGACCGCACAUCGU